AUGGCGGAGGAGGCGAAAUCACCCGUUCCUGUGGACGCCACGAACAAUACCGAGGAGGCGACGCGCUCCACGGAUGGUGUUGCUCAGCCUGCCGUCGCAGAGGCAAAGCCGACUGAUGACGGCGUUGUAGCUACCUCUGGCGUUGCUGAAGUGACUGAAAACAAAGACACCCAAGAAGAUGUUGCUAGCAAGGAUGAUGUCACCACUGACGCGCAGGCAGCGCCUGUCGCUGCAAGCGAUGAUGCAGAUGCCGCACCUGCCUCUGACGCGCCAGCGACCAAUGGUACCCCGGCUCCCAAAAAGGCCCGCAAGUCAGGCGCUGGCAUUCCCGAACACAAGAAGAAAACACCAGCUAAGAAGGCAAAGAAGGCACCUGAGCUUCGCCUGAAUGUGUCGCCGGGAGACAUGCACAUGGUUGCUAUGCGUGGAUACCAACCAUGGCCAGUCAUUGUAUGUGACGAGGAAAUGCUCCCCGAGUCACUUCUCAGCAAGCGUCCUGUCAGUGCUAGGCGUAUUGACGGCACAUACCGAGAAGACUUUCUUGAGGGUGGCAAAAACGCCAAAGAUAGGCGGUAUCCUAUCAUGUUUCUGGGUACAAACGAAUUUGCGUGGCAAGUCAACACUGAUCUGUUGCCAUUCGAUCUCGAGGAAGUGAAGAAGGAUGUGGAGACUGGCAACCAGGGGAAGAGGAACAAAGCUCUCUGGGAGGCAUAUCAGAUUGCUGCCGAGGGCCACGAUCUGGCAUAUUUCAAAGAUAUGCUCUCUGCCCACGAAUCUGCGAUGCAAGAAGACCUUGAACAGAAGGAGCAGAAGGAGCAGCAGAAGAAGAAGGAGAAGGCCGAGAAGGCCUCUAGGCGCAAGAGCACAGCAGCCACAACAUCAGAAACCGCUGAUGCGGAAGACACUGGUGAUGCUGCUGCUUCAGCUAAGAAGACCAAGACCGCAAAGAAGCGCAAGAAUGACGGCGAGAGCGAUGGCGAGAGCGGAAAGUUCGCAAAGACUCUCAAGACCAAGCUCAAGCUGACGACAAAGACACCAAAGGAGCCAUCUGCUGCAAAGACGAAGAAGGAGCCCAAGUCGAAGAAGAAAGCCAGCGAGGAGGCUGAGCCUGCAGCACCCGAGGAGCCAGCUAUGACUGAAGAAGAGUGGUUACAGAAGCGCGAGAAGCAAGUUCUCUACCUCCGACACCGUCUCCAAAAGGGCUUUUUGUCCCGCGACCAGGCACCCAAAGACGAAGAUAUGACAAGCAUGUCCGAGUAUCUGAAGCAGCUUGAAGCUCAUGCAGAUCUUGAGGCUGAAGUGAUCAAGAAGACCAAGGUCCACAAGGUCCUUCGGGCUAUUAUCAAGCUUGAAUCUAUUCCAAUGGAGGAAGAAUUUGCUUUCAAGAAGCGUUCGACUGAACUUCUUACCAAAUGGAAUAGCGUACUAGCAUCCGACACGGAGCCGGCUGGUGCGAACGGUGUCAAGAACGAAGAACGCGAGAAGUCCGAAUCUGCAGAAAAGACUGCGGAAAAGAGCAACGAGGAGACGGCAGCGAAAAAGGAUGAUGCCGCUCCAGAGACUACCUCGAAGCCAACUGAUGCGGAAGGCGACGUUGUUAUGGCAGAAGCAGACAAAGAAGAUAGCAAGGAGGUAUCUGCGCCUCAGGUUGAAGCGAAUACCAGCGACGAGGCUACUGACAAAACCCCUGCUGAAAACAAGGUCGACGGGGUUGCCGGGACUACAGACGCUAUCACUGCCUAA